UGCAUUGCGUCAAGCAAUAUUUGCAUUAAUAUUCUGCAGAUUCGUUGAUGAUUUUUGUUUAACUAGCGAUGCAGUCAUUUUUUACAGCGAAAACCAGAAAGCGCUGUCUCAUGUUGUAGACUGGUCUCCCGUGUUAUUGACUUUAAGUUUACAGCAGUAUAGCUCAGAAGUUAUAGCUGCGAUUCAAAUUCUGGAAUUAUUGACUAUUGAAUAUUGAUUUUCCACGAUGAGUCAACAAAAUCUGACAUUUUUCCGCUAUCCCCCUUCAUGGCUCACGGAUUCCUUUUUAGCGGGGAUCGGAGUGAUUUUUGCCGCCGGUGCCAUCACUAUCUGGGGCCUGAAGAAACUGAUUUUCACCCGCGCCGUGGGCAAUCGGUCGUGGUACGAUUUAUCGGGAAAAGUCGUGUGUGUAACGGGCGCCACGGGCGGCCUGGGCAAAGCCUUAAGUAGCGUUUUGAUUGCGCGGGGAGCGAAAGUGAUCGUCACGGGGCGCAACGCGAAGGCGCUGGCGGAACUGAUCGAUGAGCUGAAGCACGUUCCAGAGCAUCAGCUGCACAAUCCCACAGUUUAUAAUCCGGUUGGUGUGGAAUUGGACCUGGGGAAUUUGGACAGUAUACCCGCAAAGGCAAGGGAAAUUCUGUCGCGAUACGGACGAGUGGAUGUGCUGAUUCAUAAUGCUGGUCUCAGCUCGCGGGGGGCUGUCAUGGAGACAGGCAUCGAAUUGGACAAACAGCUGAUGACCGUCAAUUAUUUGGCGCCGGUGGCGCUGACCAAAGAAUUACUGCCACCGAUGGUGGAAACAGGAGAUGCCUACGUUGUCGCUAUCGGUAGCGUCCAAGGAAAGAUGACAUUGCCCUUUCGAUCGCCAUAUGCGGCAUCAAAGCACGCUUUACACGCGUUUUGUGAGUGUCUGCGAGCGGAAGUGCAGCACCAGGGCGUCAGCGUGCUGGUGGUCAGUCCCGGAUACAUCCGCACCGGUUUAUCGCUGAACGCGCUGACCGGAGACGGCGCGCGAUACGGAAAAAUGGAUGAAACCAUCGCCACGGGUAUGGAACCGCUGGCAGUGGCCGAGGAAACCAUCCGCAGCAUUGAACAUCGCCGGAUGGAUGUGCUGAUCUGCGGUUUCCUGCCUACGUUGGGUAUCUACAUGCGGACACUUUGGCCUUCACUGUAUUUCCUCACCAUGCGCCGUCGUGCUGAAAAGGCACUGAAAAAGGCUUAAGACGGUUACACCGUCACGCUUUGAGCGUAAAAAGUAUAAACACCACGUUCCUGUUUUAGCAUUCCGAGUGCCGUUUAAUGGUUUUAAUAAUUUUAACUGUUUCGUGAUUAUGUAUUCUUCAAGUCUGGUGAACCGAAAUUGUGGUACUCACUAUUAAAUGCGUUCGUCCGACAAGUGGCACUGAACGACUGAA